AUGCCGUCCAAUGCCGCCGGCGUGGAGGUUGAGCAGGUUGGCACCAUCGGCAACGAGCGGCUCUGCGAGGUGCGGCUGAACAACGUCUCCGUGGGAGCGGGCACCGUGCUCGGCGAGGUCGGACAGGGCUGGCCCGUCAUCGAGCGCGCCCUAGCCCGGGCGACCGCGGCCCACUGCGUGCAGAUGGUGGGCGGCGCCGACGCGGUGGUCGAUAUGACCGUCGAAUAUGUCAAGCAGCGCACCCAGUUCGGCCGUCCCGUGGGGAGUUUCCAGGCGGUGCAGCACCACUGUUCCAACAUGGCCACCGACGUUGAGGGAGCCCGCCACGUGGCCUACCAGGCAGCGUGGGCCAUCGCCGAAGGCCAGUCCGGCCGCCGCGAGGUCGCCAUCGCCAAAGCCUGGUGCAGCGGCGCUUACCAAAGGGUCUGCUCCCUGGGUCACCAGUGCCACGGCGCCAUCGGUUUCACCGAGGAGCACAACCUGCAGCUCUACACGCGCCGGGCCAAGGUACAGGAACUUUCCUACGGCAGCGUCCACGACCACAAGGAAGUGGCGUUGCAGGAAAUCGAGGCUGCGUAG